AUGAAAUCUGCUCUACUCUUAUCGCUCAGCGCUUUUGCGCUCGCAGCACCUACCAAGGAAGCUGCUUCUGGCUCAAAGAUCGCCUUUUCCCGCGCAAGGCAUCAACACAAGCCAAGAGCCGACGGAACGGUUGACCUCGACCGGUUCUUGGGCACUCUCAAGUACACUGCGCUCAAGUACAACAAGGACUUCCCACUGCCAGAUGUCCUCCAGGAGGCAUCAUUGGUCCUGAAGCGUGACACUGACGCGGAAGACCCAUUGACCGAUCAGGUUGAGGGCGAUGAGGAUGAGCUAUACUAUGGCCCUGGCUACAUCGGCGCCGCCAAGCAGCUAUUCACAUUCGACUUCGAUACCGGUUCCAGCGACACCUUCGUCCCAGGACCCCAAUGCGGCGCAGCACAAGGUUGCCCUCACACACAGAAAUACAACCAACAAGGCACAGACGAGCACAAUACGACUUCAAUCACCUACGGUUCGGGUUCAGUCUCCGGAGAGAACUACUUCGACACCUUGACGGUUGCAGGCCUCACUGCCCAGAAGCAGAACAUCGUCUCUCUCACACAAGCGGCCGGUUUCAAUGACUCCAACGCCGACGGACUGCUGGGCCUCGCGUUCCAGAGCAUCGCAGCCUCAAAGUCUACCCCCUACUUCUUCAACCUGGUCAACCAAGGCACCGUCAACCCCACCGAAUUCUCCUUCUACCUAGGCCGCCAGAAGAGUGGCACCGCCCAAAACUCCGAGCUCACCCUUGGCGGCCGCGACGAAGCCAAGUACACCGGCGCCUUCACCAAUGUCCCCGUCACAAGCCAAAACUACUGGCAAGUCGCCAUCGGCGGCGCCAAAGUCGGCAGCGGCCUCAACCUCCCCACCCUCCCCACAACCGCCGGCCAAGCGGCUAUCGAUACUGGUACUACCUUGAUCAUCGCUCCAACCAUCGCAGCCGCCUCCAUCUUCGCCCAGAUCCCCGGCUCCAUCCCCCUCCCCCUCGGCGUCGGCGUCCCCCUCAUGACCCUCUUCGCCUACCCCUGCGCCUCCAAGCCCAACGUCUCGCUCGUCUUCGCCGGAAAGAACUUCGCCGUCAACAACCUCGACUUCAACUUCGGCACGCUCAACGAGGGGCUUGGUCUGGGUCUUGCGAACAACACCAUCGCGGGCCAGCUCGCGAACGGAUACUGUUUGGCGGGUAUCGCGGGUGCGGAUCUCGAUCCCACCCAGAAUCUGUGGGUUGUGGGUGAUACGUUUUUGAAGAAUUGGUAUUCGACGUAUCAUUACACUAGCCCUACGAGCGCUUAUGUUGCUUUUGCCAAGGCUGUGUAG